CACUAGAAAAUGUGUUUAUUCUGUGACAAAUGAUCUAUAGUUUUUGUCUGUGUCUAACAUAACCUGAAAGUGAAUACAUAAAGUCAUAAACCCUACCAUUUCUAUUUUUUUUCCUAACCAUACUUUUCAGAACAACAAGAAAAUGUGUGAGAAAGGCGACAUUUUGAAUUUAUUCGAACAGAAACCAUUAGUAACAGUUUGCGCACCAAUGGUCCGUUACAGUAAAUUGCAGUUUCGAACACUGGUACGGGAAUACAAUUGUGACUUGUGCUACACCCCGAUGAUUAUGGCAGACUCGUUUUGUCGCAGUGGUAAAGCAAGGGACAACGAAUUUACAACAAAUUUGGAGGAUGCUCCGGUAAUUGCUCAAUUUGCUGCCAAUACAGUGCAAGACUUUGUAGGUGCUGCUCAUAUGGUCUCACCGUAUUGCAAUGGUGUUGACCUUAAUUGUGGUUGUCCACAAACUUGGGCAAAGCAGCUAGGUAUCGGUUGUGCAAUGCUAAAUCACCCAGAGGUCAUAUCAGACUUAGUACGACAGUGUCGUAAUCAAAUUUUGAAACCCUUCACUGUUAGUGUAAAGGUACGAGUACUUAAAGAUGUUAGGAGAACUAUUGAGACAUGCAGGCAGUUAGAAAAAGCAGGUAUUAGCUUUCUAGCUGUACAUGCAAGGACACCAUCACAAAGUGUAGGCACAAUUGACACAAACACUUUAAAAUUGAUUGUUGAAAAUGUACACUGUCCGGUUAUUGGAAAUGGAGGUGUGAAAACCUUGGAUGAUUGUCUUAAUCUCCAGAAGGAAUCAAGUUGCAAUGGUGUAAUGGUUGCAAAUGGGUUGUUAACAAAUCCAACUCUAUUCACUGGUACAGAAUCUACCCCACUUGAGUGUGUACAAAAAUGGUUAGAUAUAUGUUUCAACAGCACCCUUGGUGACAAUUUAUGCAACCAACUUACAAUUCCAGAACGUCCUCCCAAUUUAACAUUUCAAUGUUUCCAUCACCAUUUAGUAUUUAUGUUAGAAAAGUUGUUAACAAAGAGUAAACGUAGAAUAUUUAAUAGCUUACAGCAUUUUGAUGAUGUUUUAAGGUUUCUACAGUACCAUUUAGAUUUAAAACCUCAAGUCUAUGGUGGAAAUAUGUUUAAGAAACGCCAGAUUUUAAAUUUAGAUUAUAAUGGUCGUGAUAGUGUAUACAACAAAUUAAAGCUACCUUAUCAAACUGUUACAGAAUUAGCAAAAGUAGAAUAUAGUUAUGAUAAUGAUGGAACAUUUUUUAAAAGUAAAUUAGUGGAAGACGAUUCGAUAGAAUUUGGCUUGGAAAAUAUAUUCAUUUAAAGAAAAUAA